CUUCUUGAGCAAUCGUAAACCAGUCUACACAAGCAGUAGUGGUUUUUCUUUGUUCUCCAUGUGUCUUGAUGGUCAGGCAAUGUGGUACAUCAGCGAUAAAUUUCCCCCUGAUACCAAUAUGUACCACGUGAGAACAGAAACGAGUGAAAAAGUCCCCGUGGAUAUCACAACGUACUGGACAAAUCCGACUGGUUCCAUUGUCGAUGUUAACAUAUACCCCUAUUUAUUUGACACAAUACCAUGUGAUACUGUUUUCGUCUCAGGGCCAAAUGAUCGCCGUUUGUUGGGCCUUUAUUUCUUAUCAAAUAAGUUUUCCAAUGGUAGGCCUCUUUACA